AUGCCAGAUCUUAACCCAACAUCAUCAACUACUCUUCCUCAGCAUUGGCGCAACACACCUGAUGAAUCCUUAGAUGAAGUCCCCUCUCUCCCACCUUUCUAUUCGCCUCGCCCCAUACCUGUCUCUCGCGCGAUAUCUGAACUCGAUUUGAAUCAAAUCGAUAUCUCCGAUCUUUCGCUCACUCAUCCUCCUGCACGUUCCCAAUUAGAUUCUCCCGUUAGAACUUCAUCGCAGGAUUCCGAUCACAAUGAAUCAUUGCCUGACCUCGUCUCCCCCGCCUUUACACCUCCUUCAACGCCCGGUGCAUCCACACCUACAUCUUUCGCGCAUCGCCCUGCCAGAUCAGUACCUGUGGACUCGACUACGCCAACUGGAGGGUGUGGAUCCAAGAAGCCCAAGUUGCUAGAGACUUUACCGGAAGUUAAUUGUGUAGUUCGCGCACGAAUUCCUACAACCACGGGGACGGAGAUGUUUUUGCAUCUAUAUCAAAACAGUGAGGAUAAUAAAGAACAUUUAGCCAUUGUAUUCGGAAACCAAAUACGAAGUCAUAGUUUGGAUGCUGUGCGAGAAGGAGAAACCGAGAUGGACAGGCUGAUACGGGGAGCAUAUACGGGGAGAUUAUUUCCAGGUCGGACUACAAGUAGCAUGCCCAAUUUGGCCUCGGGCGGGGAAAGGAAAGAAGAGAAGGUGCAAGCGCCACUGGUUAGAAUUCAUUCAGAAUGUUACACAGGAGAGACUGUUUGGUCUGCAAGAUGUGAUUGUGGAGAGCAAUUGGAUGAGGCUGCAAGAUUAAUGUCCUUACCCACUUCAUCGGGACAACCGGCUGGCGGAAUUAUAAUUUAUUUGCGACAAGAGGGAAGAGGUAUUGGACUGGGAGAGAAAUUAAAGGCAUAUAAUUUACAAGAUUUGGGAUCAGAUACAGUAGAGGCGAACCUACUACUGAGACACCCUGCAGAUGCUAGAAGUUAUGGACUAGCUACUGCUAUGUUGAAAGACUUGGGAGUUGAGGAGAUCAAACUUCUGACGAAUAAUCCGGAUAAGAUACGAGCGGUUGAAGGACCUAACAGAGAGGUGGUAGUUAAGGAGAGAGUUGCCAUGGUUCCUCUGGCUUGGAGGGGCAAAACUGGUGGGAUCAGGAGUCAAGAAGUUGGUGGGUAUUUGAAAACUAAGAUUGAGAAGAUGGGGCAUAUGCUUCAAAUGAACGAAUCAUCAUGA